CACUGCAGAACGUUCUGUUUGUCGUCAAACGCGAUCUAAAUAAUAAUAAUCAUAAUACCUAUCGCAUAAUAAUAUAAUAUUAUUAUUGUUACACGCGUUUAUUGUAUGUAAUCAUAUUAUCACUGCACAAUCGACGCUGCCGUCGUUUUAUAUUCGAUACAUAUAGUUCACACAUUAAUAUACGUAUAAUAAUAUUAUAAUUUGUAAUAAUGAAACGAAACGUCGUGAUUGUGUUAAUAUUACGUGCGUGAUGUGUAAUAAGUCGUUGUCGUUAAAUCGCGCGGUUUUUUACGGUUUUUAGACAUUUUUUUUUUUCAAAACCACAUGCUUAUAUUUUUUAGUUUAUAACAUAUAUAUUUAUUUUUUUUCUUUCGCUACGAAGUUCGGACUUUCAAAUUGUUAUAAUCAUUACGUAUCUAACACACGUACGCGCACAAUGCCGUUCCUAUUUCGAACGUCCGCCGGGUAGUGGGACCGGUGACUUGAACACCGGACGUUUCAAAAAUCAAACGAUGCUUGUUGACCAGUUCGUUUGUUGCUCUUCAAUUCUGGUUUUAACCGGUCAGUGAUCUGAAAACUUUAAACAGUAUGGAGUACACGUGGACACUGGUGUCUAACACUGACGACCAAGGUUUAGGUAGCGAAACAAGUCUGUUGAAUUGUAAUGUUCAAGGACCGCACUCGGGUCAAAUAUUAAUACUCUCGAAUGAGUCCAGCACCCAAGCCAUACAAAAUCAAACUUUACCUGAUAUUACAAGUCCUCUGGAAAAAGAUUAUGGAGCAAACAGGAUACACUCAAAUGAGCCCAGGAAACUUCAUCUCAUGCAUAAUAGGAGUGAUUUUGUAGGUGGUAUUGAUAACGAAGCAUUGGAUUUCAGUCAUUUGACUGACGAGUUCAUUCAAAAUAACAAUACAGAAGCUAAUCAAUUUUUCCACGAAACCGUCGACCAAAACGAUCACGUGAUGGUUCGAAUAAACACGCCAUACCAACAAGAACCGUCUCAGCUUUUCUUGAAAAACUCGUCGAUACCGCCAAUCGCCGACUUGUCAUUUCACAACAAUACUGUUUUAUCCAAUGCCGGUUUGCCUAAUAAGCCGAUCAAAGAUAAGUCACACAAUUACACCAACAGACACAACCUACCAGAAAGUCCACCAGACUCCGAGCCGCCAUAUUCGCCGGCCGAUGGCGUUGGCCAAUCUCCGCAUCGAAGAACGCCGAAUUUGCAAUGUCUCAUUUCGGCCAAUAAAGGUCAAAUACCGAUGAACACCGGGACAGCCGGGCUUUAUCAAAAACAACCCGUAACCACUAAAAUCCCACAUCCGUUGUCCGUUCAACCGUUAAUGCUAAAUCAACCAGGAUCAUCGUCUCACGUCACACAUUUAGAUUUUAAUCAAAUGCAGCCUAACGCGAGGGCAAUAGAAAUACCCGAGCCUGAAUACACGGACUUGUUAAACGUAACUGUCUCGGAAAAGAAGCGAAAACUUUGUGCGGAAAUCAUUGGAGGAAACACCGGUGGUAGCAACGUUCGCGUCAAAAAAGAAACUGAAAACUGUGGUAAAAAAACCAUUACUCACGUGUCGCCGUCGGGAAGAUCGGUUUGUAGCGAAGACAGUUACACGUACCAGGAUAGCUGCGAAUCGGGCUUGUAUAACGACACGAGUUUUCAGUGUAUCCGUUUCCAACCAUUCCAAGAAUCAUCAUGGAACACGCUAUGCGAUCACUCUUUAAAGGAACUGCCAGUACCACAUUAUAGAGUGGACGCAGAUAAAGGCUUUAAUUUUUCAAACGUCGACGACGCAUUUGUUUGUCAAAAGAAAAACCAUUUUCAGAUUACAUGUCAUACACAACUCCAAGGCGAUGCACAGUUCGUUAGAACUACAGAAGGAAUUCAUAAAGUUGGCAGUUUUCAUUUACACUUUUAUGGUGUUAAGGUCGAAUCACCUGGUCAAACAAUUAAAGUAGAACAGUCUCAGAGUGACAGAAGUAAAAAAGCUUUUCAUCCAGUCUUGCUGGACUUGCGCGAAGAACAAGUUUCCAAGGUAACAGUGGGCCGGUUGCAUUUCAGCGAGACCACAUGCAACAACAUGAGGAAAAAAGGAAAGCCAAACCCGGACCAGAGGUAUUUUUACCUGGUGGUGGGCCUGCACGCGCACUGCAUCAACGACCACGACUAUCCGAUCGUCUCGUACGCGUCCGAACGGAUAAUUGUCAGGGUAAUCCAAGCUUCGAAUCCGGGCCAGUUCGAGAGCGACGCGGAACUGUGCUGGCAACGGGGUACCACACCAGAGUCGAUUGUGCACACCGGCAAGGUGGGUAUCAACACGGACCGGCCGGACGAGGCGCUGGUCGUGCAUGGAAACGUCAAGCUUACAGGACACAUAAUUCAACCAUCCGACAUCAGGAUCAAACAACAUAUACAAAAAUGUGAUACGAGCGAGCAAUUGCGGAACGUGCAAAAAAUAAACGUGGUCCAUUUCAACUACAAGCCGGAAUUUUCAUCAUUGUUCGGUUUGUCUCUGAAGGAAGGUGACACCGGGAUCAUAGCGCAGGAAGUGCAAGCCGUUCUGCCAGAAGCCGUCACCAACGCCGGAGGCAUAGCACUGCCCAACGGAAUUGUGUACGACGACUUUUUGGUCGUCAACAAAGAUCGGAUCUUCAUGGAAAACGUCGGAGCCGUAAAAGAGCUGAGCAAGAUCACCACCCACUUGGAAGCUAGGAUCAGUGAGCUGGAACAAGAUCACAAGCGUUGUUUACUGUUGGCAAACCAUCAUCCAGACAUAGCGUUAUCGGAUUUAUCCACCACAACCUACUCUAGCAAGCACAACGAUUACGAUGAGACCGUAGAAAAACGUAAACUGUUAAAACCAACGAGUUCGAGUGACGUUAACUGUGGGAAAUUUGUGCAAAUUUCCAUUAUAUCUCUAACUGUUGUUAUCGCGUGUUGUUUGAUUUUUAUAACUGGGCUAUUUUUCAUGGAACACCACUACAGAAAUCAAAUAACAUUCACAAGUGAACAUGAACUUAUCGUCAAGUCGUUUAAUGUAAAUGCGAUACAGGCACACGAAAGUGUACAGCCGAAAGACACUGGUCAAUUACCAUUUGAAAUAGACGGGUUUUUCGACAAAGACAAACAUUUGACUUGUAUGCGAUUCAGGCGACUUGUAACCAAUAGCAGAAAUUGUGAAUAUGACAAGAUCAAAAUGAAAAUGAAUAAAAUCGCAGAAAGAAAAAAGGAAGAGAACAAAAACAUGGACGAGUUCAUUAAUUUUAUCGUCAAAAUCGAUCGGGUAGCGGACAUCGUAUACAAGGAUGUUACGAUCAGCGUAUAUGGAAGUUACAGCAACUUCACGCCAGAGACCAACGUAACGGACGAAUGCGGUCGGUCGGAACUGCUCCAACAAUGUAGCGACAAGUCGCUUUUUGUGUACGGGUUCCAACUUCCGGUCACCAAACAAUUUACUGACUAUUUUAUCAGCGUGUCUUAUCGCAUAAGCAAAGGCAGCUUGAACGGUUGUCUGACAAGCAUGUCCGUGUCGACGACUUGUCCGUCGGACCCGUACACCAGUCUGUGGGCGGCAAACGGCACCCGAUGGAAUCCGUCGGACACGUCUUACGAAUGGCAGACAGACAAGUAUUCCGUUUCCGAAGACUCGGAAUCGGUAACCGUAAUCGUCCGGUACAAACCAUGGCCUUACGAACGGUUGAAGGCGUCAUGCAAGUCACCCGAAGACAAGCGGACUUUAGCCAUCGUCGAGUAUACCGUCUCUCUGCAGCACAAGCAUUUUAGCGAGAUUGUGUAAACUAAUAUUAGCAUAAUGAUAAAAUGUAAAUGUACCUACCCGAUAUAUCUUCAAUCGUGGCGAUGAAGUCAUCGAAGACGAGACGGAAAUUAUUUGCUGAGCCGUUCAAAUCGGUCGUCUGCAUUGGAUGUUGGUCAACUAUUAGAAAUAAUUGCAGUCUACAUAUUUUGAAUUUAAACUCUUUGUUAAUAACAUAUUCAAUCUAUAACGACUCUUGUUUUUGGGAUCAUAGACCUAAGUAGUAUUCGUUAAUCUCGUUUCCGUCGGUGUUGUUUUCGUUUUAUCCAUUAAUGUAAUUAUAUAUAAAAAAAAAAAUGUCCAACCGUUACAAACGGUGUCGUGUAAAUUUGAUCUAUUCCGAGAUUUUAUUGCACCUGUCGGGCACAUUGCACUUUAUCUUAUUUACCUUUACACGUUGUUUCUUUUUUUUUUUUUGCUCACUUUAGUGGGGUUAAAAACUAUAGGUAUAAUAUUAUAUAGGUAUCUAAGGCGCCUAACGGUACGCACACCUUUUUUCGUCAUAAUGGUUAACAUUAUAUCUAUUCAUAUAUAAUACAUAUAAUUGACGGCGUGUUUCUUUUAAUCACUUUGAGUUUGCGCACCACACCAAAGACCGUAUAAUAAUAAUACAUAUAUAAUAAUUAUGUAUUAUUUUGUUUAUUUGCAUAUUUGUCGCCAUACGAAAUGAUCCGCGAACGUCUUUUAGAACUUGAGAUAUUUGCAAGUGUAAUAUUUUUAUUUUUUAUUUUUAGUUAAGAAUUAGAAAAAUUAUUUUUUCUGUAGGUUAACAUGUGUACAAACUGUUGUUUAAAACAGCAUUAUAAUAUUACGUUGUGUGAAAGGAGAAAUCCAAAAUGUUGUUUUAGUUGAGUUUUUUGGUCAUAUUUUUCUCUUUGUUAUUUAAAAAAAAAAAAAAAAUCAUUAUUGAUUUUUGACAUAGUACUAUUAUAUAAGGACACAAUAAUAUGUGUAGCUUUAGAAAAUUAAAAAAAAGUCAUAUAUACAUUUUUACAUUUGUUUUUGUUUUUUUUUUGUUUUUU